UCCAGCCGUCGUUUAUCUCGGGGAGACUCAUAUUUCCCACAGUACGUAAAGGCAUCUUUCUGCUACCCCGGAUGUUACGUCUUCCUCUUUCCUCUACUACUGCCGAUUAAGCUAACGUAACAAAUUAGCAAUGUCUGGUGUCGAGGAAAUUUCAAGGGAAUCUGUAGAAGUCAAAGAAGAUGGAGAAAUUGAUUUAGAGGCUGAAGACCGAAUCGGCGAUGAUUACUUUCUGGACCCGACUCGAUAUAUAUUUUACAAAGACCGAAAGGAGUGGGCUGAUCUGGAGCCUGUUCCUCAGGAUGACGGACCGAAUCCUGUUGUGAAGAUCGCCUACUCAGAAAAGUUCUCGGAUGUGUAUGACUAUUUCCGUGCACUGCUGAAGAAUGACGAGAGAAGCAAUCGGGCUUUCGCCUUGACAGCAGAUGCCAUUGAGCUGAAUGCUGCUAAUUACACAGUCUGGCACUACAGGCGAGUAUUGCUGCAAGCUCUUUCAAAGGACCUGCGGGAGGAGAUGAGGUACAUUACCGCCAUCAUUGAGGAGCAACCCAAAAACUACCAAGUCUGGCAUCACAGACGUAUGGUGGUAGAGUGGUUGAAUGACCCCUCGGAGGAGUUGGAGUUCAUUGCGGACAUUCUCAGCCAAGAUGCAAAGAACUACCACGCGUGGCAGCACAGACAGUGGGUCAUCCAGGAGUUUAAAUUGUGGGACAAUGAGCUGGAGUUUGUGGAGAGUCUCCUGGAAGAAGAUGUAAGGAAUAACUCUGCAUGGAACCAAAGGCAUUUUGUCAUCUCUCACACAACCGGCUUCUCUGAUCCGGCCGUAGUGGAGAGAGAGAUUCAGUAUUCUCUGAUCCAAAUCAAGAAGGCCCCCCACAAUGAAAGUGCAUGGAACUAUUUGAAGGGGAUGCUGCAAGACCAAGGUCUGUCGUCUCCGCCAAGUCUCCUGGAGAGGGUCCUUGAGCUGAAGGAAACCCACUGUUCACCUUAUCUUCUUGCAUUUCUGUUUGAUUGCUACGAGGACGUCUUAGAGAACAGCAAUAAAAAGGAUAAUACGUUGGGAGGGGACAGAAAGGAAACAUUAAGAAAGGCUCUAGACAUUUGUCAACUGUUGGCACAGGAGAAGGACACCAUCCGUAGGGAGUACUGGCUGUUUUUGGGACGUUCUUUGAAGAACAAAUGCUGUGGCCUCUCUGAACCGAUGGCGGAUGAAUUUGAACCAUCAGGCCAAGCAUCCGAGCAGCAGGAGAACAGUUAGACCACCACGAGGCUCACACCUCUUCCACGCCGACCCUGUCAACAGAACACCCCUAACCCCCCCCAAUGCAGUUUGGUAUUACUCAACACUGCUAUUCUGCAUUUUGCUGAGGACGUUGCUUAAAAUUGCCACUAACAUGAGCUUGGGAUGAUAUUAAACAGAUUGUAACCCUAUAGAAUAGAGGAGUGGAUUAUGUGUCAGCUAUUUAUCACCAGAGCUAGGACAAGUAAACUGGGGGUGUGAAGGUCAUUUAGCCGAGUCAUCUUGUGGAUGUUUUAAUCUGAUAGCAUCGCUCUUUUUGUUCAUUACCUAUAAACCAGUAUUUGACAGCAGGUGGCCUAUAGCGUAGCGAUAAACCCUCGGUUCGUGGGUGUUUCGUGCACACUUAAUGUCUGAUUAUUGGUAGGUACACAUUUUAUGUUUAUCUGUUUAGAGAAAGAAAGAAAUCCAUAUUAAUUGGAGUUUUGUGACCGGUUCUUGUAUUCUGCUAAUGGACGGUUGUUUGCUUUUGCAAAUAUUUCAGAAUGUACUCUUCGUGGUAUCUUGACUCCAAAUAAGACGUUAAUCGAAACGCGUAAAACCUUCAUUUUGAUUUGUGAAUGCAGCAGGAAGCUUCCUGAACCAUAAGAAUAAAACAUUCUUGUAAUGCUAAAAGUGGUUUGUUAAACUAUUCAUUUGGGAUGAUCUGCAGAUCGAUGAGUCACUCAUCGUCCCUUUCUCAGUUGCUCUAAAUGAGCCACUUUUCUCACUAUUGGCCCAGUUGGUUCUGUUUGAACCGCUGAGCUGUGCUGCAUAAAGCACAUGCAUUGACACUUGCAGCCUCAUGUCCUGGACUCCCUUGGAGCUAGGAAAUGGAUUUACUCCACUAAAUGCAGCUGUUUCUACUUCUGCUGACACUACAACACAAUCCAUGCCUCCAGUCUCUAACCAAGCAGUCGGUGUGCCAGCAGUGUGUAAUUACAGCUUCUCUUCAUACUCCGUAUUAGAGCAGCACCGCUCGCUUUUCCCCCCUCAGAGUGGAGGACACUGAUUGGCGCGAUCACGUCAGCAGCAGUGAUGACGUGACUGAGCCGU